AUGCAGGACUGUUUCUACACAUCAUCAGAAGCAGGUUUUGAACAGGUUUCCCAAGACGAGACGAGGAGCGAACAAUCUCAAUGUGGUAACCUCUAUUGGCCAUCGUUCUCUAUGUCUGACUGCAGCACCUACUCUUACUCCACAACGCAGUCUCAGUGGAUGGCUGAUGACAAGUCCAAUAUUCAACAUUUGCGGCAGUGGGACCCAACUCAGAUGAUACCACUCCACCACAUCAUACCCAGCUCUUCCACAGCUCUUCCACAGCCGAGCACCUCCCUUCCAGAUAGCGAUCUUGAACUCUUUGCCGAGCACUUCAAACAGCGUCGAAUGAAACUUGGAGCCACGCAGGCAGACGUGGGAAAAGCUCUCGGUGCUAUGAUGAUUCCUGGAGUUGAGAGCCUCUCCCAAUCCACAAUCUGUCGGUUCGAGUCCCUCACUCUUUCCCGCACAAACAUGAUCGCUCUCCGUCCACUACUCCAAAUCUGGCUGGAUAGGGCAGAGGCUAUGGGAGUAGCCAACAGGAGUUCACAAUUUCAUGAUAUGUCCGUCUCCCCUGCACAGAACGUCCCCAGUUUACAGCAGAGUCGGCGAAAAAGAACCUGCAUCACCGAUAGUGAGCGCAGAGCUCUGGAGGGGUACUUUGCAGUACAGCCGCAGCCGUCUAGUGAGAGGGUCGCCCGAAUUGCCUCAUUGCUAGGCCUACCAAAAAGUGUUGUGCGUGUAUGGUUUUGCAAUCAAAGGCAAAAGCAAAAACGUCUUAAAUGUGACUUCGAGAACACGCGAUCUAGAUGCGCAGCGGACAUUAAAACAGACGUGGAUUACUUUAGUAGGUAG